AUGAAUAAUAGGAAACACAUAAAUAAAUUAAAUAAUAUAUUAAAAUGUGAUUCUAUUAAGCAAAACAAAAUAAGAAGGAAUAAUAUAAAAUAUGAAAAUAUAAAUGAAAAAUAUUUGAAUGUAACUAAUUGUAUAGGAAAAAAAUAUAUUGAAAAAUUAAUAAAUGAAUGUUAUGAUUUGGUUAAUAAUACUUCAGAGGAUGAAACAACUAAUAAAAUAAAAAAUUAUGAUGGUAAAAAUAAAAAUAAUGAUAUUGAAUUUAUCAAAUUAUCAAAUUUAGAGGUAGAUAAUAUAUUAUGUAAAAUUAAAGGUGCUAACUUACAUGAAGGAAGAGCGGGUAUGCUUAAUGAAGUUAUAAUGGAAACAUUAAACAAAGUGGGAGAAUAUAUAUAUAUAGAAAACUGUGAUUUUGAAGCUUUUGUAAAAAAAAAAGAUGAAGUAGAUAAUUUAAAUUAUAUAAAAGAACCUUCAGAAAAAGAAAAUGGAUAUGAUAUUUUUAUAAAUAAUAAUUUAUAUAAUAAAUAUUUACACCAAAAACACCAUGAUUUGAUAAAUUUAAAUUAUAAUAAAUAUAAUAUCAAUGCGAAUUUUUCUAAUUAUAAAAAUAUAAAAGAAAAAAAAAUAAAUGAAAAAAAUACAUUCUUUGAUGAACUUAAAGCAUAUAAUUCAGUUUCUGUUAAUGAGCAAAAUGAACGAAAUGAAAACUAUAAUACAAAAGAAAGUAACAUAUUAAAUAAAUAUUAUGAUUUUUCUGAAAGUAACAAAUCUAAAAAAAGAAUUUGUUAUAAUGAAAACAUUUUUAGUGAAAACCACUCUAAAAUUUAUGAAAAUAAUUCUUAUAAUGAAACAAUAAAAAAAUGCUAUAUAUUUCCUCCAUCAGAAUAUGAUGAUGAAAGUAUAAAAUUAAUUAAAAAUGGUUUAAAAUGCAAUAUACGUGAUUUAAAAAAUGGUUCUUAUGUAAUAUCUUUUAACAUAAGAAAAAGUGGAUACUAUUAUUUAUCUAUUUUUUAUAAAAAAAAACCUGUAGCAGAAUCACCAUAUCUUAUCCACAUAAAACCAUCAACUCCUUAUGCUACUAACUGUAUUUUAUAUAAAGAUUCAAAUAAUAAAAUAAUUAUUCCAACACCAAAAAAGAAAAAAUAUAAAAAAAAAAUUCAUAAAAAUUCAAAAAAAGAAAUAAGUAGUAGCAAAAAUUUAAGUAAUAUAUAUAGUAAUUCCUUUUAUAGUGGAGAAUUCAAUUUAAAUUAUUCUUACUCUGAUAAUGAAACAAAUAGUGAAUUGUAUUGUGACACUGAUAAUACUUACUGUUCUUCUAUUUCAAAUAAGUAUCCUGUUAGUUCAGAUAGUGAUGUUAAUGAAGGUAAUAGAAAUAGAAAUUCAUAUAAUGGAAUAAAUAUGAAUAUUUUAAAGUGCUAUAAUGAGGAAGAAGAAAAUAACAGAUUUAGUAAUUUUUUUAUUCAAAGUUAUGAUGCUUAUAAUAAUAAAAUAAAUGAAGGAAAAACUACUUAUGAGGUUAUUGGAUUAGGUGAUAUUAAAAUAACUGAAAUAAAUGAUUUGAAUAAUGGCAUAUAUGAAGUAGUAUAUAAAUAUUUAAGUAGUAAUAAUAGUAAUAAUGGUUAUAAUAAUAAUAUAAACAAUAGUAAUAAGUAUAGAGAAAUUAGAGUAACUUUAAAUGGAUUUCAUAUAAAGGGUUCACCAUUUAGAAUAAUUUUGAAAAAUGAUAAAAAUGCAUUUCUCUUAAAUAAAAUAAAAAAUUUAUUACCAAUCCAUAAUUUAAAUACCUUUAAUCCUACUGAAAGUAUUCUUAAUAUUAUGAAUUCAUAUAAAAAUAUAAAAGACAGCUAUUUGAAUGAAGAGAAUAAAACAUAUUAUAUGAAUAUAUAUCCUUAUUAUGAAAAAAAUGAGUUAGAUAAAAUACUAAAAAAAGUAGAUAAUAACUUAAUAUCACUGAUGACUAUACCUAUGAAAGAACAAAUAUUUAAUUAUAUAAAAUAUAUGAAUGAUGAUAAAGAACUAGUAAAAUUAAAAAAAACCCUAUAUAAAGAACUCUUAGUUGCUAAUAGUAAAAUGCUAAACUGUGCAUUUAUAUUUAAUGAAGAUUUCGAAGAAGGCAAACAGAAUUUAAUGAAAGAUAGAAAUCUCCAAGAGCAAACUAUAAAAGAAAUAACAUUAAUGUAUAAAUCGUUAAAAGAAAAAAAUAUUCAUACAUUACCAUUUGAAUUUGCAAUUAAAGAUAUGAAAUUGUAUGAACAGGAAAUAAAUAAUAAAAAAAAAGAAUUAUUAGAAAAGCAAAAUAAAUUAAUAGAAAGGUAUAAUAUUCUUAAAGGUAAAGAGACAAAAUUUUAUGAAGACAGAGAACAAAUUACAAAAGAAUUGAAAAAUAAAUAUAAGCUUCAUCAAACUAUUUAUGAAUGCUCACAAGAUGCUUUAAUAAAAAAUAAUAACAAUUUGAAAAGAAUAACCAUAAGUAAUAUUAAAAGAAGUACUAAAAAUGAAAAAAAUUUAUUAACAUUGAAAAGUGAAAAAAGCUUAAAAAAUAUGCUUUCUGCAGCAAGUACAUGA